AUGACUCCGCUGGGCCAGCUCAGAUACGGCGCCGUCCUUGCUGCCGAGGCCCGCAAGUGGCUGGAGUCGUGUGUUCGACUCGAGCUCAACAGCGAGCUGGCCACCUAUCCCCGGAUCGCUGGUUUUGAGACCGACGGCCGGGGCCAGAAUGUAUCGCGUAUGGAACACCUCGUCAUCCGGGAUCUGGAUCUCGAGUCGUUGGCCGUGGGCCAGACUCUCCAGAACGACGAGGAAGCGCGUCCUCCUCCCGGCCGUGUUGUCGCGUUUGCAGAGUUCAGAUAUCACCCUCACCCACACCCACACCCACACCCACACCCAUUGAACGAAGCCGGGGCGGGAAACCUAGGGCCAACACAGAGCUCAGAGCAGGAAGACCCUGCCUCAGCCGAGUCAGAGACAAAGACAGAGCCACCAAUCGAUCUCCCACCUUCGGCUCACCGCGCACUGCACGAACACUGGGACAAGGCCGUCGAAGCCGCCCUGUCGGCGCAGUUCGGCGGGAUGCACUGCUUCGAGGUGCGCGGCAUCGGGACACUCUCGCCAUCACACCUGCGCAGAGGCAUCGCCAGCAGGCUUCUGCGUUGGAUCUUUCCCUGGGCAGACAAGUUGGGCGUCCCCGUCGUCCUGGCUGCCACGCCGCCGGGGUACCCUUUCUACAUCCAACAUGGGUUCGUGGAAGUGGACGACGGCGGCCCGCGGAGUUUUGUCCAGUGCAACAUGACGGAGUGGGGAGGUGAGGGUGUCCAUCGGCAUGUUCUUAUGAUAAGAUGGCCGACAACACGGUCGGAUCCAAGUGCUAGCUAG